AUGGCGAAUGAUACCGAUAUUGUCGACAGAUAUAAUUUGCCACCGAAUUCAUCUUACAUUAUCUGCAUUCACACCAUUCAUCACAAUCCUGCUGUUUUCCAAAAUCCCGAAGUGUUUGACCCAGACAGAUUUUUACCAGAAAACUGUGAGAAGCGUAAUCCGUUCGCCUUCUUGCCUUUCUGUGCAGGACAACGAAAUUGUAUUGAAUUUCAGGUGAGUGUGUACUUACAAAACUGGUCCCACGUUCUAACUUAUGUUAAUAAAGCCGAAGCCACUCCAGAAGUUGCAGAAGGUCAUGGUAAAGAUACCAAUCAGCAAAUUCUUACAAAAUUAAGAUGUGCAGCUGGACUAGCAGAACUUGCAACAAAAAAAUAUAAGUCAGCAGCAAAAAAUUUCCUUCAGGCUAGUUUUGAUCAUUGUGAUUUCCCAGAUCUAUUGUCUUCAAAUAAUGUUGCCAUGUAUGGUGGUCUUUGUGCCCUAGCAUCUUUUGAUAGACAAGAAUUAUUAAAAAAUAUUAUUUCUAGUAGACUUUACCAAUGA